CAAUAAUAUAUCCUACUUUCAAAAACUGUCAACAUCAACUAAAAGUCAAAACUCUCGAUCACACAAGAGAAUCAUACUCUUCUUAUUAUUAGCCCUCAUUUGUUUGGUUAAGUUCCCUUUCAGACAUAAACAAGACCCUUCGGAGCUCAUAAACAUCUUCUUCUUCCUUUUUCUCUGUAUCUCUCUAUCUCCGAGAUGGGUUUGUUUGGGACGAAGAAGAUCGGCAAGUACGAGAUAGGAAGGACGAUCGGAGAAGGGAACUUCGCAAAAGUGAAACUUGGUUACGACACGACCAAUGGUACCUACGUAGCUGUCAAAAUCAUAGACAAGUCUCUGGUUAUCCAAAAGGGUCUUGAGUCUCAAGUCAAGAGAGAGAUUAGGACUAUGAAGCUUCUUAACCAUCCCAACAUCGUACAGAUACACGAGGUGAUUGGGACUAAGACGAAGAUAUGUAUAGUCAUGGAAUACGUUGCAGGCGGUCAGCUUUCAGACAAACUUGAAAGACAUAAGAUGAAAGAAUCAGAUGCAAGAAAGCUUUUCCAACAGUUGAUUGAUGCUGUUGAUUACUGUCAUAACAGAGGAGUUUACCACCGAGAUCUUAAGCCUCAAAACUUGCUAAUAGAUUCAAAGGGUAAUCUCAAAGUUUCUGAUUUUGGACUAAGUGCAGUUCCUAAAUCAGGUGAUAUGCUAUCUACAGCUUGUGGAUCUCCAUGCUAUAUAGCACCUGAGCUUAUAAUGAACAAAGGGUACUCAGGAGCAGCAGUGGAUGUGUGGUCUUGUGGAGUGAUUCUAUUUGAAUUGCUUUCUGGUUAUCCACCGUUCGAUGAUCAAACUCUUCCGGUUUUGUAUAAGAAGAUACUCAGAGCAGAUUACACGUUCCCACCUGGAUUCACUGGAGAGCAGAAGAAGCUAAUCUUUAACAUUCUUGACCCCAAUCCUCAAACGCGUAUCACACUAGCUGAGAUAAUCAUUCAAGAUUCUUGGUUCAAGUUAGGUUUUACACCAGCUUAUCAUCAAGUUUCAGACUCAAUCAAGGAGCAUGUAGCGGAGAUAAAUGCAGCUACCGCAUCUUCAAAUUUCAUAAACGCUUUUCAGAUAAUAGCAAUGGCUAGCGAUCUAGAUUUGUCAGGUCUCUUUGAAGAACAGGAUGAUAAGAGAUAUAAAACAAGAAUUGGGUCAAAGAACACAGCACAAGAAACAAUCAAGAAGAUUGAAGCUGCAGCAACUGAUGUUAGUUUAUCAGUUGAAAGAAUAAAGCAUUUCAAGGUAAAGAUUCAACCAAAAGAGAUAAGAUCAAGAUCUUCUUAUGACUUAUUAUCAGCAGAGGUGAUCGAGGUGACUCCAACCAAUUGUGUAAUAGAAAUAUCAAAAGCCGCAGGCGAGUUAAGACUAUACAUGGAGUUUUGCCAGAGUUUAUCCAGCUUACUUACCGCGGAAGUAAGCUAAGAGACAUAGAUUGUCAAGAAAAGUGGUGUGACACAAAUGAUGAAUAUUGGAAGCAAAUAAAGUAUAUUUUGCAGUGACAUGAAGACAGUGAAGAGGUUGGAUCCAAAGUGUAUAAUUCAUAUCUUGUGCUGAUCCCAAAGGGUUCUCUUUCAUGGCGUAAAAUGUGGAUUUUCUUAUAAGAAAAAAUCAAAAAAACAAACUCGAAUAAAACAUAAAUAUAGAAAGCAUCCCAGUAGUACAGCUUUGUAUUUAUUGAUCUCGAAUGCAAUUUAUAGUUCUGAA